CCCCCAAUCCCAGCGGGUCCCGGCUUCCUUACAUGGUCACGGCCGGGCCUCCAGCUCCCGGACGUCCCCCGGCCCCCGCCCCCACCGGACACGGCCCCCGCCCUGCUCGCCCCGCGCGGCCGCCCGCGCCCCGCCAUGGAGGACCUGGAUGCCCUGCUCUCUGACCUGGAGACCACCACCUCACACAUGCCAAGAUCGGGGGCUCCAAAAGAGCGGCCCCCAGAGCCACUCACACCUCCCCCACCCUAUGGACACCAGCCGAAGACAGGGCCUGAGGAAUCUUCAGGAACCUCUGGGGACAAGGACCAUCUAUACAGUACGGUAUGCAAGCCUCGGUCCCCAAAGCCUGCGCCCCCUGCGGCCCCUCCAUUCUCCUCUUCCAGUGGUGUCUUGGGCACUGGGCUCUGUGAGCUAGACCGUUUGCUUCAGGAACUUAAUGCUACUCAGUUCAACAUCACAGAUGAAAUAAUGUCUCAGUUCCCAUCUAGCAAGGUGACUGCAGGGGAACAGAAAGAGGACCAGUCUGAAGAUAAGAAAAGACCCAGCCUUUCUUCCAGCCCCUCUUCUGGUGUCCCAAAGCCUUCAGCCACCUCAGCCACUCUGGAGCUGGACAAACUGAUGGCCUCACUCUCAGACUUCCGUGUCCAGAAUCAUCUUCCAGCCUCUGGGCCAACCCAGACACCAGCAGUGAGCUCCACAGAUGAGGGAUCCCCAACCCUGCCAGGACCCAGUAGCAAGGGCAGCCUGGACACCAUGCUGGGGCUGCUGCAGUCUGACCUCAGCCGCCGAGGUGUCCCCACCCAGGCCAAGGGCCUCUGUGGCUCCUGCAAUAAACCAAUUGCUGGCCAAGUGGUGACCGCUCUGGGCCGUGCCUGGCACCCUGAGCACUUCGUUUGUGGUGGCUGCUCCAUGACCCUAGGAGGUAGCAGUUUCUUCGAGAAGGAUGGAGCCCCUUUUUGCCCCGAGUGCUACUUUGAGCGCUUCUCUCCACGCUGUGGCUUCUGCAACCAACCCAUCCGACAUAAGAUGGUUACUGCCCUGGGCACCCACUGGCACCCAGAGCAUUUCUGCUGCGUCAGUUGUGGGGAGCCCUUCGGAGAAGAAGGUUUCCAUGAGCGAGAGGGCCGCCCCUACUGUCGCCGGGACUUCCUGCAGCUGUUCGCCCCGCGCUGCCAGGGCUGCCAAGGCCCCAUUCUGGAUAACUACAUCUCGGCGCUCAGCGCGCUGUGGCACCCUGACUGCUUCGUCUGCAGGGAAUGCUUCGCGCCCUUUUCUGGAGGCAGCUUUUUCGAGCACGAGGGACGCCCGCUGUGCGAGAACCAUUUCCACGCCCGGCGCGGUUCGCUGUGCGCCACGUGUGGCCUCCCAGUGACCGGCCGCUGCGUGUCGGCCCUGGGCCGCCGCUUCCACCCGGAUCACUUCACCUGCACCUUCUGCCUGCGCCCACUCACCAAGGGCUCCUUCCAGGAGCGAGCCGGCAAACCCUACUGUCAGCCCUGCUUCCUGAAGCUCUUCGGCUGACCCCAGAGCCCGCGAAGACCCCUUCCCUCUGGAAAGCCCCGAUCCUCCAGAUCCUGAGCGCUGGGUCGGAGCUCCAGGCUGCCCCAAACCGUGCUUUGUGUGUCCCUAAGCACUGGGGAGCCUCGCCCCUAAAGUACUCUGCGUUCUGGCAGGUAUAGUUCAGAAAAGGCCCUGCCCAUACAACACCCCCACACCCUCACAAUGGGUUUUACGCUGAAGAAAUCCCGAGUGAGCCCCUCACUACGUUCCCACCCUCGAGGGUGCCCCUGCGUGGCGGAGGGCACCCUCCGCCCUUGCAAUGCCGGCUGAUCAGAGGCCAGGGCAGGUUCCCCGCGCCCCCUCACUGGUUUGUGCACUUUUUUCUACGUACAUAAACACGCAUUCCACGCCUCA